CGCCUCCCCCAGUGUCGGCGCAGCCCCGGGUCGCGUGCGGGAAGGGCCGCGGGCCGCCACAAAGCGUGAGCGCGCUCCGGGAACAUGACGGCGGCGGACCUUCCCCAGAUCCCCGACGUGGAUAUCGACUCCGACGGCGUCUUCAAGUAUGUGCUGAUUCGAGUCCACGCGGUGCCGCCCUCCGGGGCCCCGGCCGGGGAGAGCAAAGAGAUCGUGCGCGGAUACAAGUGGGCCGAGUACCACGCGGACAUCUACGACAAGGUAUCAGGCGAGAUGCAGAAGAAAGGCUAUGACUGCGAGUGCCUGGGGGGUGGGCGCAUCUCCCACCAGAGCCAGGACAAGAAGAUCCACGUGUACGGCUACUCCAUGGGUUACGGUCGCGCCCAGCACUCCGUCUCCACUGAGAAGAUCAAAGCCAGGUACCCUGACUACGAGGUCACCUGGGCCGACGACGGCUACUGAGGCCCACCCGAGGCCAGCCACCUCCAGCGGCCCACUGGGAACUCUGCUCUCAAGGCCACCUCCCAGGAGGCUGGGCUGUACCCACUGGCGCUUUGCCACCCUGGCCAGGCCUCAGUGCCCGGGGUUACCUCUCUGGGGAGAAUUAAAAGCAUCGUCACCUCCGCUGGUCCCUGAA